AUAUCUCCAGAUUAUGGCUGUUCGUGAGGUAGCAUCAUACACUAUAGCGUCGUUUGCUGUGUAUGUUGGUAUUCACGCAUGGAAGAAAGAUACGAAGCAGGUCUACAACGUGACCUGCCUAGUAACCGCUCUAGUCGCUGUUAUUAUGGGCGUCGUAUGUGUCUUCAUCAACAGAGAGGCGGUGUUCACCGGAGCAUUCAAUUCGAACGAGUCGUUGCCGUUGGUCGUAUUCCUUCUGGCCCACAACUACGGGCAUCUACUUUACGACCUAUACCAUGGCAUGGUGUGGCGACCGGUCGUCCUCCCGCACCAUACAGUCACUUUAUUGAGUAUAACAGCAUCGUUCCUCUACGACUCAGGAGGACUUAUUAUAGUUAUUGACAGCAUCAUCACUGAGUUGGGUUAUCUAUUCUUAUUAAUUUACUAUCGUUACCGUACGAGGCGAGUCUACGGCGUUGUUAUCAUCCUAUACGGCUCGCUACGCAUUGUCCUGCUGGCCUGGAGUUACUCUGUCUUUCAGCAGACACUCGCACUGGGUGUUUGGUCAGUACAGUUCCUUACAGUGCUCGGUCAGGUCGGCAUCAUAAUUGUCGCUUUCCAUUUUCUAUACCGUCACUGUGUGAACUACACUCAAGCAGGAAGAAGUCGACCAUCUAAAUUUGAUGUGUGCACUGCGUCUGCUCUGGGUGAUGCACGAGGCGGUUCUAAGGCGACUUUCUGAGCUCAACCGACCAACGUCAUCAGUUUAUCAUUAUAAGUAGUCGGGUUCCUCGUGUG